AUGUACACAAUCACCCCCGCCCUCUUCCCCAACGACAAACAAGCCAUCACCACUUUAUUCUCUGCAUACACCGCCGCGCUCGGCCUCGACCUGACGUUCCAAGACUACUCCACCGAGCUCAGCACUCUGCCUGGCAAAUACGCACCGGAAAACGGCGGCAUUCUACUCGUUGCGCGGCGUGGUGGGCACCUGCAUGUGGAACAGAAAGAAGAGGAGAUUGUAGGCUGUGUUGCUCUCCGCGCUCUUCCACCUCCCAAAACCACAGCAAAUGAUAUCACGAGGGAAGAAGAAAAUGAUAGCAAAGGAUACUGCGAAAUGAAACGCCUCUACAUCUCGCCCUCGGCGCGCGGCACGGGUCUCGGCGGACGACUCGUCGAUGCAGCUAUCAAGCAUGCAAGACAAUCCGGCCUCUAUCGCGGAAUAAAGCUAGAUACUCUACGCGGAGAGUACAUGACCAGCGCGCGGGCGUUGUAUAGACGGUAUGGGUUUGAGGAGGUAGAGCGGUAUUACGAGACGCCGGUUGAGGGGACUAUUUUUAUGGGGUUGGAGUUUUGA